AUGAACAUCGAGGAACUCGUCGGUUUAGUCCAAAAGGCAGUCAACGAAGACGAGAACGAAAACGAGGAAAGAGCGGUGGACAUUUUAACGCAAUUGGAGUCGACGCCGAUCGAGGCGUUCGAUUUCACGAGCGCAAAGUUUGCGGCGUGUGGGAAAUCAAUCAGCGCUUUACGGAAAAAGGCAAAGAGCGAAUUGGUGAAAAGGAAAGCGAAGGAAUGCAAAGACGCGUGGACGAAGAUUAUUGUCUCGAAGAGCAGCAACGGCACUGAUUCUAAAACGCCGCCUCAGAAGAAAACUACUAAAACAACGACGGAGACGACGACGACGACGACGACGGCCCCUAAAAGCGACGAAAACAUAGAAGAAAAGAAGAAGGAAAAAGGGGAGGAGAAGGUGGAGGAGGGAAGAAACACGACUACAGAAAAUGACGAAAAGAGUGCGCUCGAGCAAGUGCAACGCACCAUCGCAAGUAAAAUAGAGCAAACGAACAACGCGACUCGUGAUCGUUCCCGCGACGUCAUCGCGUACGGCUUAGCCUUAGCGCAUUGCGAAGGGAACUGCGAAGAUAUCUCCGUAACUUCUCUGGCGCGAAUUGUUGAAGAAGUUGAAGACGCCAUGAGUGAAAAAUGGAAAGACUUAGGAAAAGAGUACAAAGCAAAGUUGCGACAACUGGCGUUCAACAUGAAGGAUCCCAAAAAUCCAGAUUUGAGGAGAGCGAUUGCAAAGAGAGAGAUUGACGCGACAACUUUGAUCGAUUUAUCGAGCGAAGAGUUAGGUUCAGACGAACGACGCGCGGCGAAUCAGUCUAUUCGAGAGCACGCAGAAGCAGAAGCCGUGAGGGGCCAAAGGAAAGAGGCUUCAACGACGGCGUUCAAGUGCGGCAAAUGCGGACAAAGAGCGUGUACUUUCUAUCAGUUGCAAACGAGGUCGGCGGAUGAACCGAUGACCACGUUUGUCACGUGCGUCAAUUGCGAGAAUAGGUGGAAGUUUUGUUAG